AUGACGUUUGCGUGCAAAAAGUGCAAAAAGUGCUUCCGCAAGGACGCGACCGAGUUCGAGGACGCCGACGAGUACUGCCCGCACUGCGACAACCACUACAUCCUGGAGGCGGUGACGCCCAAGGCGGCGCUGCGGGUGGAGGGCGAGGACGCCAGGAUGGACGCGCGAAUGCUCAAGGACGACAGGGUUAAGCAGACGAAGCCGACCAUGAACCAGAUUUCGAUAUUCGAUCCGGAUGCGGAUGUUGAUAAGCUUGGUUGA